AUAGUAUAUAAUAGAUUCAAUACUUCAGCAUGGACUGCCAUCGCCAACUGCGAACGAUAGUAGUGGUGUACUAGCCAUAGGCCAGAGGAGAGACAUCGCCGGAACAGGCGCCCGGCACGAGACAAACAAACGCAGAAACACCAGGAGCGCAAGGCUGCAAAAGCCCGGCUCUCAAGCAACAAGCAGCAGCGCAUGAGUGGAAUGGCUGCCGUUGUAUUCAGAGUCCCAGCCUGAGCAGCCCCUCGCUCGCAAGAUAUACCCCUAGCACCACUGGCUUCUUCUACUAAACGGCUCACACUUGUUAACUUGUACUAAGUGAGCCCCGCCUCCUAGACUCGCCCUCGCGCCGUAAAUAAUCGGCUAGGUAGCGAGCGGUGCGGUGCGGGAUCGACUGGGCUCGGAGGCUAUAUGAGCGGUCUCAUCGGCAGGAUCGGCACCGUCGUCCGCUCACCGAUGGCAGCCGCGGCCGUCGCUGGCGCCGGGGAGGACGGGCAACGGAAGCGGCCGCGACGGCUCAGCGUGAGAAUGGAGGGAAGAAGCAGGGGAGGGGACGGCUGCUGCUGCUCUAGCAACGGCAAGGGGGUGGAGCCCGCGGAGAGGAGGAUGGUGGUGAUCGUCGGCGCCACGGGCACGGGCAAGACCAAGCUCUCCAUCGACGCGGCCGUGGCGCUCGGCGGCGAGGUCGUGAACGCCGACAAGAUACAGCUCUACGCGGGCCUUGACGUCACCACCAACAAGGUGCCGCUCGCCGACCGCCGCGGCGUCCCGCACCACCUCCUGGGGGCGGUCCGGGCCGAAGCGGGGGAGCUCCCGGCGUCGUCGUUCCGCGAGCUCGCCGCCAAGGCCGUGGCCUCCGUCGCGGCGGGCGGGCGGGUGCCUGUGGUGGCAGGCGGGUCCAACUCGCUCAUCCACGCGCUCCUCGCCGACCGCAUCGAUGCGGCCCCAGCCGACCCGUUCUCCGCCGCGGCCGCCGCGGCCGGGUACCGGCCGACGCUUAGGUUCCCGUGCUGCCUCCUCUGGGUCGACGUCGACGCCGCGGUCCUCGACGACUACCUCGACCGGCGUGUGGACGACAUGGUGCGCGAGGGCAUGGUCGAGGAGCUCCGGGAGUACUUCGCCACGACGUCGGCCUCCGAGCGCGCCUCACACGCCGGGCUGGGCAAGGCCAUCGGCGUGCCAGAGCUCGGCGACCACUUCGCGGGCCGCAAGAGCCUCUCCGCAGCGAUCGAUGAGAUCAAGGUCAACACGCGGGUGCUCGCGGCGGCGCAGGUGGGCAAGAUCCGUCGCAUGGCCGACGCCUGGGGCUGGCCCGCCCGCCGCCUCGACGCGACGCCCACGGUCCGCGCGCGGCUCGCCUGCACCGGCCGAGCCGCGGAGGCUGCCGCGUGGGAGCGCGACGUGCGCGGCCCGGGCCUCGCCGCGAUGCGCCAGUUCCUCGACAGCCAACCGCUGCACGACGACGCCGAGGUGGCUAGCGCGGAGGCAAUGCCGUGGCAUGGUGGGGUGACUUGAGCGUCAAAAGGCUUGGAGCUUUCCGGUUCUUUUUUUUUUUUGAUAGGCCGCCGAUUUUGGAGGGGCCCGGCGGCCAUUUGACACCGGUCGGUGGGGUCAUAGCUGAGCGUUAACCGUUCGGUUUCGCUAGGCCUGCCUAUGAAUUCUCUCUUUCUCCAUGGAGAGGCUUAUUCCCUUUUCGGCUCAUCCUUUUCUAGCUAGGCAGCAGCACUGUACAUAGCCACAGCGUAAUCUAGUCCACCAUGUUCAAAUUUUGAAAUGCGUUCUGCGAGACACUGCUCCAGCUGGUGUGUGGAUGGCAGAUUAGAUCGCAAAUAAAACCAUGCUUAGUGUGUGAUUAUGGGGAAGGGGAUUGUGCUGGACGCGUGAGCUGGUGUUGUAGUUGUGCUGUGCCAGCUAGGAAGUCAGUUGCACUCCAGACGUGUGCUACCGUACUCCCUUCUCGCUAGAGAGAGAGAGAAGAAAAACCUUCAUUUCUUUGCUAUUCUUCUGGUCAUCUCCUCAUUGAUCCGCGCAACUCCACUGGUAGAAUCAUAGAACUGCGUUGCAGCGGUCAAAUGCGGCACACGGCGGCAUCGCUGGCAUUGGACUGCCGGCCGGCCUGAAGUUGUUAGCAGCAUGGUUCUUCCUCGCUGUUUUGCUCAUCCCACUUGCACAAAAACCUUGUCCGGUCGCUUCGCUAUUCAUCGUUGCUACCGAUCCAAUGCUCCACAUUUGGCGCCAACAUAUGAUCUUAUUUUGUACAAACACUUACAAACCAUUUCACG